CAAGGUUUAAAAGUUUAGUUUCUGAACAGGACUAAAAUAAUGAAUCUGGAGACAGAAAAAAGAGAGCUGGUUGGAGUCUUUGGGAAAACAGGAGCUGGAAAGACAUCUUUGAUAAAUGCUGUCAUUGAAGAGGAAAGGCUUUUACCAUCUGGAAGUCUCAGUGCCUGUACCUCAGUCAUGAUCAAAGUGGAGGCUAACAGGCUCAACCAAAAAUAUGAGGCAGAGAUUGAGUUCAUCACAAAAGAGGAGUGGGAAGAUGAAUUGAGCAACAGAGAUCAAUUUCUUAAGGAUAACGAAGAUCAGGAGAAAGAUGAAGAAUAUAAUGAUGAAUAUCAUGAUCUUGUUGAAAAACUGUCUGCUAUUUAUGGGGAAGACUGGAAAUGGAAAACUACUGAGCAACUCAUGGAUCACAAAUACUUCAGGGAAAUUCCAGAAUUUCGUCAAUCGAUACGAAAAACCUUGACAUGUGAAUCAGCUGAAGCUCUAUCUGCAAAGAUGAUCAAAUACACACGAAGUGACACAAAACAAGAAGGAGAUGAGGUUGUAAAAAGGUGGUAUUGGCCACUGGUGAAGUGUGUCACUGUCAGGGUGCCAAAUACAAAUUUUCUACAACAUGUCACACUGGUGGACCUUCCAGGAAAUGGAGACCGAAACAAAAGCAGAGAUGAGAUGUGGAAAGGGAUUGUUGGAAACUGUUCAACUGUAUGGAUUGUAUCUGAAAUCAACCGAGCAGCAGCAGAAAGAGAAUCCUGGGAUAUCCUAAAAAGUGCAAGCAGCCUCCUUGGAAAUGGAGGGGAAUGUCGGCACAUCCACUUUAUCUGCACCAAGUCUGAUGUUACUCAAAAUUUACAUGAUCAAGCUGCUCUGUUGGAUUCUAUACUCCAAAGAAACAUGUCAGCCAAAGAAUCUGUGAGAAAAGAAUUCAACAAGCUAGCCAGAGUUAAGAAACAUUUCAAUGAAGACUGUUUCCAAGUGUUCACGGUGAGCUCCAAAGAGUUUGUCAAGAGGAAAUAUCUAAGUCCAGAAUACACCGGUAGGAUAAGUAUCCCUGUUUUGGGGUGA